AUGGAGAGCGGGCCUCCUUGGUGGCGGGCCCCGCCGGGCCGCAUCCCAGCCCCCCGGCUCCCGGGCUUGUUCCUGCUCUCCUGGACCCUGCAGCUCGCAGGCACAGGAGGGCAGUCGGUGACCCACACCGGCCUCCCCAUUGUGGUCUCUCUGGCCAACAAGGCCGUUUCCUUCAGCUGCAGGAUUACCUACCCAUACACCCCCAAGUUCAAGGACUUCACAGUCAGCUACUUUCAUGUGGACCUCCAGGGCCAGAGGAGCUCUGAGGAGAAGACCAGCUGCAAACCUGGUCCAGGCAGAGAGAACCAGACCAACACCAAAGAGUGUCAGAUCACCCCCAAGCUGCCUGGCGUAUCUGCCACUGGCACCUACUACUGCUCCGUCCGCUGGCCGGACUCCACGGUGACAGGCAACGGCACCUUCAUCCUGGUCAGAGGCACAGGGUACCGAGAGCCCCCGCAGGGCCCCCAGAAGCUCCUGCUUGUGUGCUUCAUCGGCAUCCUGACUGUCCUGAGCAUCCUGGCCACGGCCCUGCUGCUCUGGAAGAAGAGACAGAUGCAGGCUCCACGGAAGCACACUGCCCAGAAGUGCCUGGGCCCCAGCGCUGCCAGCAGCCGGGAGCAGCCUCCCUCCGAAUCCAUCUACACAGACCUGCAGCGCCGAGAGACCGAGGUCUACGACUGCAUCCAGAGUGAGGCCAGCAGCCCGCCCUCCCCCCAGGACCUGCUCUCCCAGGAGAAACAACAUAGAUUUGAGGGUGACAGUGAAUUUAACCUGGUCUAUGAAAAUCUCUAGGACAAGCUCUGCCUGCCCAUGGGUCUUGCCCUGGAGAGGCCCUGGGGCAGCCUGUCCCUCCAAAGGACUUGAUCUGUACCAGGAGCGAGGCCCCAGGGGCGCCCCAUCACCUCACACCCACAUUUAAGAGGGUGCCCUCUUGCCUUGGCUGGCCCCGCCCCCCGUUCUGCAGCCCGGCCACACCCACCGAGU